GGUAGUGCACUAAGGUAGGGUAGUGUGGAGCACUUGGACGACGUCACCCCACGUCACGUGAUCUGAAUAGAUGUUCUGUCAUGGUAGCACAGGGCUGAAAAGGAGCAUAAACAAUAUUUUCCUCACAAUUGUAUUGAUUAUAUUCGAGAUUUGAAUUGGUGUAGAAUGAAGGCGUUGGUAUGUCUGAAUAAGUCAGACUGUGUUUCGGUAACUAGAUUAGUCCAUAAAUGUUUACAUUGACAGUUAAAUGGCUUGUUUUAGCGUUAGCUUCAAGCUCAUAUCUGUCUAAUCUCUGCUAGUUUCUUCUGUCAGAGGCCACAGUGGGCAGCUAGCUAAGCUAAGCCGAGCUAAGCUACGCUAACGACAAUGCAAGUUGAAACAGCGGGAAUGCGAAUUUCUGAAAGUGAAGGCAAGCUCGAUGUUCACACGCAGAGCUCUUUCAGGACAACCUCUAAAAGUUGGCAGUACAGUGAUCACAUGGAAAAUGUUGAUGGAUAUCUAAUGAAGUACACAAAUCUGGUAACAGGAUGGCAGUAUCGAUUCUUUGUAUUGAACAACGAGGCAGGGCUGCUGGAGUAUUUUGUGAAUGAGCAAUCACGACACCAGAAGCCCAGGGGCACGUUGCCUUUAGCAGGCGCAGUCAUCUCCCCGAGCGAUGAGGACUCGCACACCUUCACGGUCAAUGCUAUCAGCGGGGAGCAGUACAAACUCAGAGCUGCUGAUGCUAAAGAGAGACAGCACUGGGUGAGCAGGCUGCAGAUCUGCACACAACACCACACUGAAGCCAUGGGCAAGGGCAGUUCUAGUUCCCCUGGGUCCCAGCGCAAAAUCAGCCAUAACACCGGCUCCCUGUUGGGUCUGUCUCAGUUCCACCGUGGCUCCUCCAACUACUCCAGCAAGCGUUCGGUGCUGCGUGACCACCUGGUGGAGGCUCGGGAGAUGAUGACCCAGGCACAAGACCAGCACAGAGACCUAGUACAGUGCAUUGAAGGCCUGCCGGCCAGCCACAAUCCCUCUCCACUGGACCAGGACCUCCUGCUGCUCAAAGCCACCUCUCUGGCCACAAUGUCCUGCCUUAGUGACUGCCUGCACAUCCUGCAGCUUCAGCAAGUGGCCCGGCACAGCGUUCCACUCGGAGGGCCGACCAUCGAAUGGCUGGAACCCAAACUGCUGGACCCUGUGAAGAAUGGUGGCACUCUGGCUAGCAUCGCCAAAGACAGCAGCAAAAUGCAGGGUACGGCUGUAGAACCUGCUGAAAUGGACGCCUGUGACAUUGCUGGGGAGCAGGAAGACAUUGAUGCAGAAGAGGAGCAGGAAGACUCCUUUCCAGCUGAGGAAGAGGAUUUGGGAGCAGUGGAGGAAGAACGUAGUGUCAUCCUGCAUCUUCUCUCUCAGCUCAAACUGGGAAUGGACCUUACCAGGGUGGUCCUUCCUACGUUUAUCCUGGAGAAACGCUCUUUGCUGGAGAUGUACGCAGACUUCAUGUCUCACCCAGACCUUUUUGUGGCCAUCACAGAUGGCACUAGUCCUAUGGACCGUAUGAUCAGAUUCGUGGAGUAUUACCUCACUUCCUUUCACGAGGGCCGCAAGGGCGCAAUUGCCAAGAAGCCCUACAACCCAAUCAUUGGUGAAACAUUCCACUGCUCCUGGAGAGUGCCAAAGAUGGCAGUGUCUCAAGGAAGUGUUCAGAAAGAGGGCUCCAGCGCAUCGGACUGCUACAAUGUGAGAUUCGUGGCCGAGCAGGUGUCCCACCACCCACCUGUCUCGGGCUUCUACGCUGAAUGCCAGGAAAGACAGAUGUGUGUAAACACACAUGUGUGGACCAAAAGCAAGUUCAUGGGCAUGUCUAUCGGUGUUUCCAUGUUUGGAGAGGGUAAUCUGCACCUGUUGGAGCAUGGUGAAGAGUACACGUUCACUCUGCCAUCAGCCUAUGCACGCUCGAUCCUCACCGUGCCCUGGGUGGAGUUGGGCGGAAAGGUCAAUGUGAACUGCGCCAAGACAGGCUACAGUGCAGUCAUCACCUUCCAAACCAAGCCUUUCUAUGGGGGCAAGCUGCAUAGAGUGAACGCGGAGGUGAAGCACAACCCCACCAACUCUGUAGUGUGUCGCGUGCAGGGGGAGUGGAAUGGCAUGCUCGAGUUUACCUACAGCAACGGUGAAACACGCAUCAUAGAUGUCCUCAAGCUUCCCAUCACCAGUAAACGAGUGCGGCCCAAAGAGCAGCAAGGGUCUUACGAGUCCAGGCGACUGUGGCAGCAUGUAACAGAGUCCUUGCUACAAAAAGACAUGGAAAAGGCCACGGAGCACAAGCGCUUCCUGGAGGAGAGGCAGAGGAAAGAGGAAAGACAUCGCAUUGAGACUGAGACACCAUGGAGGACCAAAUACUUUGAAAGAAAAGGUGAAGGCUGGGUGUAUUAUAAACCACUGUGGAAAAGUCUUCCAGCACGGAGCUCCUCUCCUGCAGUGCUUCAGUCUAACCCCUGACCACAUCUCCAACUCUGAUCCCUCACCUGCAGGAGCCUGACCCCCCCCCAGGGCUAUCUGUGGGUCUAUGCUUUCUCUUUUACAAAUGAAGAGGCACACACACACACACACUUUCUCACACACACACACACACACACACACACACACAAAGACUCCCUUCCUUAUGAUUCCUUAUUAAUGUUAUGGAUAUAAUGCUCUGUGGAGAGUAGUGGACUGCCUGAAUCAGAUCAUAUUCAGCAUCCCAUGAUUUUGGUACAUCAUCACAGUGAAUCAUUCUGAUCCUGAAGAGAUUCCAGUGUGCGCAGGCGUCUUUUGUUGAUGUUGCCUUAACAGGAGUUGUGAAUAGCAUGAGAAUGUGUUGAUGUCUGACAGGUGUUUAAUUGAAGAUUGUGUUUGAGGAUGCUUUAUUAACUUCUCUUGAUCUUAUUAUAGAAUGCUGUUAUCUGGCCAGAUUAUGGCCAAACCUUUUUUCCAAUAUGUGAGCAGUUUAUUUGAUGUAUUUGAAUUUUGGUAUCAUCAGGGAGAUCUUCAAAGAUUUGUGUGGAAGCACCUAGAUGUUUGACUAAAAGAUGAGCAGUAGCUCAUUGUUUUUCAUCAGAGCUGGAUUCCAUAAAGCAUCUGGAGCCAUGAUGAAAGCAAAUUCGCUGGUUUGGCCUUUCUUUUGUGCUGCACUGGUUAGCCAAGUGUUUGGAGGGAGGUGUUGAGAACUGUAUUAGUUUUGGUAAGGCUUCAUUCUCUCGCUUGCUUGACCUUUCUUCUCUAUCCAUUUGAUCAUUGCUCAGGUGGGGGUUUUGCUCUGAUUUCAAAACAGUGCUCUGUUGUUUUGAAAGCACACAAAUUUGCUGGCUUCAAUUAUAGAAUUAUAAACAACUUCAAACAUCAAAUGCAUCCAUCAGUUCCAGUCUCCAUUAGUUUUCUCUACUGAUAUGUUAGUAUGUGAAACUAUCGUACAGUAUUAUUGCACUUUGAACAGAAAUGUCAAAUCACAUGCAGUGAAUGCUCUGUAUCGUUCAUAGUUUGCUUUUCUCUCCUGUAAUUCUACCUCUCGACUGAAAAUCUUCAGUCCGAAAGGCAAUCAGCUAUAAACCACGUAUAGCUUAACGUGAAAGAUGUGGUGGAUAUCUAGUUUAUUGAGCCAUAAGAAGCCAGCAGAAAUAAUAACAAUGUAAACUGAACAACCUGAAAUAUUAAGUGUGUGACGAUUUCCUGCUUGACUGAGAUGAAGCUCGUUUACUUUAAAUGCAUUUUUACUUCUAAUUGAUGGCAGUUUCAGUGAGCAUGUGUUGGUCAGAGCACAAAUAAAGAGGCUGUCAUAUGAAAGUGCUACUUUAACCUUGGUUGGUCUUGCUGAGAAACUUGUGGUGCCUUAUUUGUGUUGGUUUUCCUGUUGUUCAUGCCCACAAACACAUUCUUUAUGAAAUACCCCCCCAUACGAGUAUGUACGUACCUGCUUCCAUUUCCCAGCAUCUUGGCAGGACACCCAGAAUGUUUACUUUCUGCUCUGUACAGUUUCUGUGUUUUAAUUCACACACUUCGCUUUCCACUCAUUGGGCUGACCUUCAGAACACAGUCAACCUAUCCAAGAUACAUGACACUUUCAGUGGGGGAUCUACACAAAAAAUGUCCAAACCAAGACGUGGUCUGUGUCUGCAAACAGGCCCUGAGUGUGUAUCUCGCUGAGCUGUGAACUGCACUGAUGUUUUAAUUAUCCUCCUGGUAGCCUGAGAAAAGAAAUGAAUGAACUAAUAAAAUUGAUGAUGUAUUAGGAGAAGGUUUCUGGUUUCUUUCUUUAUCAUGCAAUUAUGGUUUGGUUGUGCAAUAGCCUCAAAGUGCUUAAAAAAAAAAAAAAGAAGGAAAACCCAAAAAACUUAAGACAGUGUGUAUAUAAACACUUUAUAUGUAUAUAAUCUGUACAAUUGUGACACCAGUUCACAGUAAGGAAAGGACAAAAUGGCUCAAUAAAUGUGUCCUUUUCUUUUGGGUUCAUCAUUACACAAACCUUAUUCUAACUGCCACUUUACUCAGUGCAUGAUCUGUAUUAUGCUGUUACAUACAUCACAGAUAUUCACCGUCUCUUCAGAAUACUUAUUGAAGACAAUUAAACUCAUGAAUACAUAUAGCUUAGAUUUCCCAAGAGCAUCAUAACAUUAAGAUCUUUGUGUUAGGUGAGUGUAGGCUCUACUCUAGGCGCUAUCUGCCCUUUUCACUGAAAGUCCAUAUAAGAUCUUUUGUAGUGCUGUGCCUCUUGGGAGGGAAAAAAAAAAACAAAACAAAGAAUAGUCAUUUUUACUUCACACAAAUUAUUUAAAAACAAGAUUACAGUCCGUGUCUUCAGACUCUAGAACUAGUGCCUGUCUUCAAUUGUGUUAGCUUUCUAGUCAAUGGUUUAAUUUACCAUAAGAGAAAAAAAAAAAAGAA